CGGGCGGGGCGGGGCGGGGCGUGGGAACGCCGCGGCUCACGAGAUGGCGGCGGCGCGUGGCGCGGCGCGGAGCUCCCGGCGGAUCUUCGACAUCUUCGUGGCCGAGGUUCCCUGGACGGUUUCGAGCAAGGAGCUGAAGGAGUACUUCUCCCAGUUCGGGUCGGUGCAGAGGUGCCAGCUGCCCUUCGACAAAGACACAGGCUUUCACAAACGUUACUGCUGGAUUAAAUUCUCAUCUCCAGAAGAGGUUCAGAAUGUGCUCCAGAAGGACUCCCACAUACUGGAAGGCGCCAAGCUAUUUCUCAGACAACAGCAAGGUAGAAGAUACCUUCAACCAAAGAGAGAAUCAACAUGAAUGAAUUGUGGAAAGAGGCUUUAUUUCACUAAAUGUAAAGAAACUGAAAUAAAGAUUAUGGAGAAACUGUGA